AUGCCGUCCACAUUGGAUUUAUGUGAGAAGUACUUCGGGACGCGCGACAUUUACGCGUUGCUUGAAUUGACGAAGGAUUCUUUGGAGAAAGACAUCAAAAAGGCCUAUUAUAAGCUGUCUUUGAAAGUUCAUCCGGAUCGAGUGCCCGAGGCGCAGAAAGAAGAAUCUACCGAGAAGUUCAAGGUGCUCGCGAAAAUAUAUCAAGUUCUUACAGACAAAAACAAGAAAGCAAUUUAUGAUGAAAAGCAAAUUAUCGAUGAUGACGAUGAUGAGGGCAGACUUGCAAGUUGGUUGGAGUUAUGGCAGAAAAUUUUCAAACCAAUAUCAGAGGAAGAUAUUGACAAUUAUCAAAAAGAGUAUGUCGGUUCAGAGUUGGAGCGGACCGACAUUAAGAAAGCAUACUUGAACGGUAAAGGUUGCAUAAAUUACAUGAUGAACUGUGUUCCAUUUAUGUCCGUGGAAGACGAACCAAGGAUUCAGGAGAUCGUUAAAAAAAUGAUUGACGCUAAAGAAGUACCCGAAUACAAAAUAUUCACAAAAGAGCCAAAAGACAAAACAAAGAGACGACACAAGAAAUAUGCUCGUGAAACCCUUGAGGCAGAAGCUAUCAAGAAGAAAAUGUCGAAAAAAGGUCCCGCAGAAAGCUUAGAGCAACAAAUACUGAAGCGGCAACAAGAACGUGCAUCAGAAAUGGGAUCGCUGUUUGACAAAUUGUUGGAAAAAUACGCCGGAGAUGAUGACACAGAGGAAUUCACCAUCGAUGAAUUCUGCAAACGAAAAGGAAAGAAGAAAACCACCGCGAAGAAAGCAGAGCGCACCGAGAAAAUUGAAAACCGGAAAGUUAGGAGCGGAAGAAUCAGUGUUGUCGAUUAAACUUAACUACAUAAGCACGUUUCAUUUAUGUAUAUAUUCGAUUCCACAUCAUGAAUUCGGUAAUUGUGUUUCUCAUUUUUCUUAAGUUAUUAUUUUUGAUCGGAAUGCCUGAAAUGUAUAACUCUAAGAGCACACGAUUUCCCUGUGAAUUUUUUUACUCAAUAAAUGAAUUUCAAAUGCCGAUAA